AUGCCGGUGUCACUGGGAAGAGCUCAGGAACCCCCCUGCCUCACGCUGGCAGAGGUGAAGGCAUUGGAGUGGAGACUGCAGCUGCGGCCAUUGGACACCUGUCAGCACAGCCCCCCUAUUCCCAGGAGCAACAUUCCCCAUUGGGCACCUGGCCGCCAUGCUGAACGUCCCAGGAGAGUCGUGGUGGCAGCCAGGGUCAUUCCCCUGGUGUGGUCCCCAUCAUCUGCAGGCCCCCACCCGGCAUGCUUCAACCCCACCACCUUCAUCAGAGCCUGGCAGCACCGGCAGAAGGUGACCAAGCUCAAAAACCAGAGGUGCAGGGAGGCUUUUGGCAGCACCAACCUGGUGAGGAGCUGUGGCCACAGCUCUUCAGCUGAAAGCUUCUGGAGCUGGCGCUUGGUGGUGAGCUCCAGCAGCAAAGCCAAUGAGCACUCUGAGCCCCUGCCCCCCAGGGGCAGGAGGGUGACCCGUACCCAGAGACCCCUGAGCACCUCAUCCUGCAACAGCUCUGGCACAGUCCCUCGCCUGGCUGCCAGCCACAAACCACCCACAGGCAGCACUGCUGGCAAGCACCCCAGUAAAUGUGCCCCCCCUUCAGGCUUUUUUUACCCCCAUUUUCCUCUGCUCCCCCCUCCCCCCCCCCCCCCCCCCGAGAACUGCUACAAGGAGGCCUCGCCCAAGCUGGGUAAGAUUGAUGCCCAGCUGCAGGCGCUGCAGGAGUACACGGACAGCUUGGACACCCACAUGUGA